CCGCAACGCAAAAGCCCUAAAACGCCUCUGCCUCUGGGGGAUACAACCCUACCCCGCCCCCAAUCCGCGCCUCCGUCUCUCCGCCUCUCUUCUUCGAUAGGCGGAUCAUGACGCAGGCGGAUCAGGCGGUGAUCAGCCUGCGCCCGGGCGGCGGCGGCGGCAUCGGUGGCCCGCGCGCCGGCCGCCUCUUCCCCUUCGGCGCCUCCACAGGCUCCCUCGACUUCCUCCGCCCGCGCGGCGGCGCAUCCUCCGGCUUCGCUGCCAAGCUUGGAGACUUGCGGUUUGAACCUCUCGAGCGGGUUCGUUACACUAGGGAUCAACUUGUUGAACUGCAUGAGAUUAUCGACAUACCUGAGAACAUCUUGAAGCUUAAGCAAGAUAUUGACAUAGAACUCCAUGGUGAAGAUGAACCCUGGAUUAACAAUGACUCAAGUGUGCAAACUCAGUCAUAUAACCGCUACGCUGAGACAGACAACCGUGAUUGGCGUUCACGGAUUGAACAACCUGUGCAAACUCCUGCUAUUGGUGGUGAAGAGAAAUCUUGGGACAAAUUUCGUGAAGCAAAAGAAUCAUACAUUUCAAGUGGAAAGCAAGAUCAAUUUAAUAAUCAAGACAAAUUGAGCUCCCAGUUCAGUGCAAAAGCUCAGGUUGGUCCGGCUCCUGCUCUUGUCAAGGCUGAAGUCCCUUGGUCAAUCCAGAGAGGCAAUCUCUCCAACAAAGAAAGAGUUCUGAAAACAGUGAAAGGUAUACUGAACAAAUUGACUCCAGAAAAGUUUGAUCUUCUUAAGGGCCAGUUAAUUGAAGCAGGGAUCACUACAGCUGAUAUUUUGAAGGAUGUUAUUAGUCUCAUAUUUGAGAAGGCUGUUCUUGAGCCUACCUUCUGUCCAAUGUAUGCUCAGCUUUGCUUUGAUCUCAAUGAGAAGUUACCCUCAUUCCCUUCUGAAGAACCUGGUGGUAAAGAGAUCACGUUCAAACGUGUGCUGUUGAACAAUUGCCAAGAAGCAUUUGAAGGUGCUGACAAUCUGCGGUCUGAGGUCAAUAAAUUGACUGGUCUAGACCAAGAGAUGGAGAGACGUGAUAAAGAAAGGCUAGUGAAGCUUCGGACACUUGGAAACAUUCGUCUUGUUGGUGAGCUACUUAAGCAAAAAAUGGUCCCUGAGAAGAUAGUACAUCACAUUGUUCAGGAGCUAUUAGGUUCUGAAAGCAACAGAUGCCCUGCUGAGGAAAAUGUGGAGGCCAUCUGUCAGUUCUUCAACACAAUUGGUAAACAGUUGGAUGAGAAUCCAAAGUCUCGACGAUUUAAUGACGUAUACUUCAACCGGCUGAAGGAUCUAACAACUAAUUCUCAGUUGGCAUCACGAUUGAGGUUCAUGGCACGCGAUGUCCUUGAUCUUCGUUCAAACCAAUGGGUGCCUCGACGUGAAGAGAUGAAAGCUAAGAAAAUCAGUGAAAUUCAUAGAGAGGCAGAAAACAAUCUUGGAUUGCGUCCAGGGUCGACUGCAAGCAUAAGAACUGGCCGUACUGGUACUGGAGGUGGAGGACCCCUUUCACCAGGAGCUUUUUCUAUGAACCAACCUGGUAUAGUUGGCAUGUUGCCUGGUAUGCCUGGAGCGAGAAAGAUGCCUGGAAUGCCAGGGCUAGGUAGUGAUGACUGGGAAGUUCCGCAUUCUAGAUCAAAGCCCAGAGCUGAUCCAGUUCGGAACCUCACCCCAUCAUUGGCCAAUAAGCCAUCACCUAAUAAUUCCAGACUGCUUCCUCAAGGCAGUGCAGCAUUAAUUAGUGGCAAGACGAGUGCACUUGUGGGCAGUGGUGGCCCACUAUCCCAUGGUCUGGUUGUCACACCAUCUCAAACUACAGGACCACCAAAAUCACUCAUCCCAGCUCCAUCUGUAGAUCCUAUAGUUGAGCAACCAGCUGCUGCCCCCAAGCCAAGCUCUACAGAGCUUCAGAAGAAGACCAUAUCUCUUCUUAAGGAGUAUUUCCACAUACUUCUUCUACAUGAAGCACAACAGUGCAUUGAGGAGCUGAAGAGUCCUGAUUACUACCCAGAAGUUGUUAAAGAAGCCAUCAAUCUUGCUCUUGAUAAAGGCACCAAUUCCAUCGAUCCUCUUUUGAGGCUGUUGGAGCAUCUCUACAACAAGAAUGUUUUCAAAGCGACUGACUUGGAAACUGGAUGCUUGCUUUACAGUUCUCUUCUUGAUGAGCUUGCUAUUGACCUUCCAAAAGCUCCAGUACAUUUUGGUGAAGUUAUUGGGCGGCUGGUCUUGUCACAUUGCCUGAGCAUAGAAGUCGUUGAGGAUACUCUAAAGAAAAUUGAGGACAGUUUCUUUCGUGCUGCAGUGUUUGAAGCUAUGAUGAAAAUCAUGAAAGCAAAUCCAUCAGGUCAGGCUAUCUUGGGCUCACAUGUUGCUAAGAUCGACGCGUGCAGCAAACUUCUAUCCUCGGAAUAAAUAUUUGUCGCAAGUUUGACUAGGCCAACUUCUACCUUAUUACUGAUGUCCUAACUGGGAAUGUUACAUUGGUUAUUUGUUACUCGGUAGUUGGCAGGUUUUGCCCUUUCAGUUCGAGAAACUACAACACUGAAGUUGAGGAACAGCUUUUUGUGAGCUGUAUUUUUUUGCAAGGUCAGAUGACUGAUAAUGAAGUAAAGAAAAGCUAUAGAUUUAGCUCUGAUAACACCGUAACAAUACCUCGAUGGUGGUUUACGCGGCUACUCCUCUUGUAACAGGUACUGCUGCGUGUUGGCAAGCAUACUUGUUAGCGUUGGGUACAACUGAGUUCAUAAUUUAGUCGAAAGUUGAGAUCUGAUGUAAUUCUUCCAGCCAAUCUCAUGACAAUUUAUUCGAGAUUUGUUUGGUUCAAUUUAACCUGUCAAUGCAGUCUUAUCUUCUCAUCUGAGGCUGUGAGGUAGGAUAUGGGAA